AUGAGUGAUGUUAAGCAGGAGGAAAGGAAAAGGUUUUUUAAUGAUGAUCUUGAUACAUCAGAAACAUCAUUAAAUUUCAAAUCUGAAAAUAAGGAAUCAUUUCUAUUCUCAAAUAGCCACAACGAUGACGAUAUCUUAUCUGUGAGUGAUAAUUCUGAAGGAGAAAAAGACACAUCUAUUUUGCCGGUCAACGAAGAAAUCAGGGAGGAUGACCAAGAUCAGUUUAUUGGAGAGCUUCUAAGGAUUAUCCCAGAAAUGCCAACGAGCAUUUCAAUAAAACUUAAUGAAAAAUUUGGUAGCAAAAAGGAAGGACUCUGUUUGGCAUUAUCACACUAUUUUGAUCAUUAUAAGGAGAAUUCCACCAGCAAUAUACCGUCGUCUCCAAAUCAAGUAAACUCACAUUCUGAUACUUCAAGCUCGGUCUUGUCCCCCUCUCCAUCCCAUGUUAAAAAAAGAAAUAAUUAUGCUUUCAGAAACCAAAAUCGAUUAGAAGAUAAAACCACUUGGAAAAGAUUUAUAGGUGCUUUGCAAGUGACUGGUAUGGCUACAAGACCUACUGUCAGACCUUUGAAGUACGGUUCUCAGUUGAAACUGAAAAGAUCAGUUGAAGAGAUCUCUGCAGCCAAGGUAUAUGAUUCACGCGGCAGAAAGAAAGCAUCAAUGGCCAGUUUAGUAAGGAUUUUUGAUAGUCAAUAUAAUAGAGAAAUCGGCCGAGUUCCCGAAGACAUCGCUCAAAUACUAUACCCUCUUUUAAAUUCCAAUGAAAUAGGCUUUGAAGUUACGUUAAUAUUUUGUGAUAAUAAGCGCUUGAGUAUAGGUGACAGCUUUAUCUUGCAAUUGGAUUGCUUUUUAACCUCUAUUAUUUUCGAAGAAUCAUCUAGUGAUGGACAAUCUUUUACGAAAAGAAGGCGUACAGAAAGAGAAAUCAAGAGGGAAAAAGACAACAAAAAUUUCGGUAGAUCAUUGGCUGAAACAGAUGAAGAGCUGGAAAAUCGUUCAAAGAGAUUGGCUCUACUGAAGUUAUUUGAUAAACUAAAACUGAAACCGAUUUUAGAUGAACAGAAGGCAAUUGAAAGGCAUAAAAUAGAGCUCAGUAGUGACCCAGAAAUCAUUGAUAUUGAUGAUGAUAAUGAUGAUGAUGAUGAUAAUGAUGAUAUUCGCCCUGGUCAAGCCGCUAAAGCUCGUGACAAUCUUUGGGAUACCCAGCACGAAGAAGAAACAAUGAACUUGAAUCAACUGAAGACAUUCUAUAAAGCUGCACAAUCAUCAGAAUCUUUAAAAAACUUGCCUGAAACAGAACCUUCUCGUGAUAUAUUUAAACUAGAGCUAAGGAAUUAUCAAAAGCAGGGUCUUACUUGGAUGUUGAGAAGGGAACAAGAAUUUGCUAAGACCGCCUCAGAUAAAGGGGCUUCGGAAACGGAUGCUAAUGUGAUAAACCCUCUAUGGAAACAGUUCAAAUGGCCCACUGAUAUGUCUUGGGCUGCUCAAAAGACACAAAACGAUCACCUGAAUCUUGAAGAUGAUAUAUUUUUUUAUGCUAACUUACACUCUGGCGAAUUUUCCUUAACGAAACCUGUCUUAAAAACGAUGAUAAAGGGUGGCAUAUUAUCAGAUGAAAUGGGAUUGGGUAAAACAAUUGCAGCUUACUCUUUAAUUUUAUCUUGUCCUUGCGAUAGUGAUAUUGACAGAACACCGUAUGAUGUUGAGAGUACUGAUAUUCCUGAUGAUGUUUCAAGCACUUUCAAAACGUCUUCGCAAAAUAACAAGAAACCGUAUGCUUCAAAGACAACGUUGAUCGUAGUUCCUAUGUCUUUAUUAACGCAAUGGAGUAAUGAGUUUAUGAAAGCUAACAAUUCUCCCGACAUGUACCAUGAAGUAUAUUAUGGUGGGAAUGUUUCUAGUUUGAAAACUUUAUUAACUAAGACAAAAAACCCCCCAACUGUAGUCCUUACUACGUAUGGCAUUGUUCAAAAUGAAUGGACCAAGCAUUUUAAAGGAAGGAUGAUAGAUGAGGACGUAACUGUAUCAUCCGGCUUGUUUUCUGUCAAUUUUUAUCGUAUAGUAAUUGAUGAGGGUCAUAAUAUUAGAAACAGAAUGACAGUGACGUCUAAAGCGGUUAUGGAUCUACAAGCGAAAUGCAAAUGGGUUUUAACAGGUACACCAAUUAUCAACAGGCUUGACGAUUUGUACAGCCUUGUCAAGUUUUUGGAAUUAGAUCCCUGGCGGCAAAUCAAUUAUUGGAAAACCUUUGUAUCAACGCCUUUUGAGAAUAAAAACUAUAAACAAGCAUUUGAUGUGGUGAAUGCGAUUCUAGAACCUGUGCUGUUAAGAAGGACGAAGCAAAUGAAAGACAAGGAUGGUAAGCCUUUAGUGGAGUUACCACCCAAGGAAGUCGUUAUUAAAAGACUACCAUUCAGUAAAGCUCAAGAUCUCCUAUAUAAAUUCCUCUUGGAUAAGGCAGAGAUUACUGUUAAAUCAGGUAUCGCACGCGGUGAUUUACUGAAGAAGUAUUCCACAAUUCUCGUUCAUAUUCUGAGACUAAGACAAGUUUGUUGCCAUCCAGGCCUGAUUGGAACUCAAGAUGAAAAUGAUGAGGAUUUAUCCAAAAAUAACAAGUUGGUUACGGAGCAAACGGUGGAGCUUGAUUCUCUGAUUCGUGUGGCUUCUGAAAGAUAUGAUAAUUCGUUUUCUAAGGAGGAGCUGGAGAAGAUGAUGAGAAAUCUGAAAGUUAAAUAUCCAGACAAUAAAUCAUUUCAAACCCUAGAGUGUUCCAUCUGCACGGCGGAACCUAUUGAUAUAGAUAAGGUUUUGUUUACAGAGUGUGGCCAUAGUUUUUGUGAGAAAUGUUUAUUUGAAUAUAUUGAGUUUCAGAAAGGUAAGAAUCUGUGUUUAAAGUGCCCCAAUUGUCGUAAACCAAUAGAUGCAUGUAGGUUAUUGACAUUGGGGCCACAAAAUAGUACUUCAGAAAAUUUAGAAUUCAGGCCAUAUUCUCCUGCUUCUGAAUCAAGCAAAAUAACUGCUUUAGUGAAGGAGCUUCAGUUGCUACAGGACAGUUCGGCAGGCGAACAAGUUGUCAUUUUUUCUCAAUUUUCUACGUACUUGGACAUCCUGGAGAAAGAGCUUACGCAUGCUUUCCCAAAAGAUGUUGCAAAAGUUUACAAAUUUGAUGGACGUCUUUCGUUAAAAGAAAGAACUAAUGUGCUAGCAGAUUUCGCCGCUAAAGACUAUAGCAGACAAAAAAUCCUAUUACUCUCGUUGAAAGCUGGUGGUGUUGGGUUGAAUUUGACAUGCGCGUCCCACGCCUACAUGAUGGAUCCAUGGUGGUCCCCCAGCAUGGAAGACCAAGCAAUCGAUAGAUUGCAUAGAAUUGGCCAGACGAACAGCGUCAAGGUUACGAGAUUUAUCAUACAGAAUAGCAUAGAGGAGAAAAUGCUCCGCAUUCAAGAAAAGAAGAGAACUAUCGGUGAGGCAAUGGACGCAGAUGAGGACGAAAGGAGAAAAAGAAGAAUCGAGGAAAUUCAAAUGCUUUUCGAAUAG